UAGUGAAGUAGGGAUUGGUAUUCAUGUAGGCGUCGGGCGGAGCUUUGGUCUAAACUACAAGGUGGGAAGUUGAUGCUGGGCUCUGCGGCUCUCGGACCGGCGUCGCCGAAGUCGUGAGAUCAUCGUUGAAUCGUGGCGUCGGAGGCGACCCGGAGCGCCCUGCGCCGGUGUCACCCGGCGGGAGUCCGGGGACCGGUCGGGCGCAGGCAGAGGCCUGACGGUGGCGGCGCACACGGACGGGGAAGGCGAGGCGUCCGGAGCAGGUGCGGUCGGGCUGGGCGCAGCGGCGUUCCUGACGCGGAGCGUCGGGGCUCGAAGCGUCCUGCUGCGGGAUCCCUCCACCUGGGAGGACCGAGCUGCGGAGGGAGAGGGGCGAACGUGCGGCGUGGAUUGUACUCACCGACCGCUCUCUGGACAGGCAACCGGCAGUUUUUCAGUGUGGGAAGUGAGGAGUAUCAGACUGCACCGGGGCAUUCAGCGAUUACUCGGCCAAAAACAUAUCGUGGGGUUCAUGUGACACCUACAAAUGCUUCAUCAUUUAAGGCUAGUAUAUGAUAACCGACAUCUGCAGCUGUGAUAAAUUGGGGAUCUUUUGAAUAAAGAGAGGAGACAAGAGAAAAAGACGAGCAGAUCAGUUUUGAGAUUUAAAAACAAUGGAGAAGACUCAAGAAACAGUUGAAAGAAUUCUUCUUGAACCCUACAAUUAUUUACUUCAGUUACCAGGUAAACAAGUGAGAACCAAACUUUCACAAGCAUUUAAUCAUUGGUUAAAAGUUCCAGAGGACAAGCUACAGAUUAUCAUUGAAGUGACAGAAAUGUUGCAUAAUGCCAGUUUACUCAUCGAUGAUAUCGAAGACAACUCAAAACUUCGUCGUGGCUUCCCAGUGGCACACAGCAUCUAUGGAAUUCCCUCUGUCAUCAAUUCUGCCAAUUAUGUCUAUUUCCUUGGUUUGGAAAAAGUCUUAACCCUUGACCACCCAGAUGCAGUGAAGCUUUUCACCCGUCAGCUUUUGGAACUUCAUCAGGGACAGGGCCUGGAUAUUUACUGGCGGGAUAAUUACACCUGUCCCACUGAGGAAGCAUAUAAAGCCAUGGUGCUACAGAAGACCGGGGGGCUGUUCGGGUUAGCGGUAGGCCUUAUGCAGUUGUUCUCUGAUUACAAAGAAGACUUAAAGCCACUACUAAAUACGCUUGGGCUCUUUUUCCAAAUUAGGGAUGAUUAUGCCAAUUUACACUCCAAAGAAUAUAGUGAAAACAAAAGCUUUUGUGAAGAUCUAACAGAGGGAAAAUUUUCAUUCCCAAUUAUUCAUGCUAUUUGGUCAAAGCCUGAGAACACCCAGGUACAGAAUAUCUUGCGUCAGAGAACAGAAAAUAUAGAUAUUAAAAAAUACUGUGUACAAUAUCUUGAGGAUGUAGGUUCUUUUCAGUACACCCGGAAUACCCUUGAAGAACUUGAAUCUAAAGCCUAUAAACAAAUCGAUGCAUGUGGUGGGAACCCUGAGCUAGUAGCUCUCAUAAAGCACUUAGGUAAGAUGUUCAAAGAGGAAAAUGAAUGUUAAGCCAUUCUUGAUUGGGCCUGAUAACCUUUAACUAUUUUUCUGUAUUUUAGCCUAUCACCUUUUUAAAAGUUGGAACCAAGCUAUUUAUCUCCAAAAGCUGAGUAAAGAAGGGUGAUAUGAGUGAAGUAGGUUCAGUCUACAAACCUCUCCAUACAAAUAAUCAUUGUCAGACAAAGAUGAAGGGAUUAGGAGGAGCCAUUUCAUAUAAGUCAAAUCCAAUUGUCAGAAAUUGUGGCAGCUCAUCAUGACCCACCCUGCUACCACAAAUGUUCGGUUGAUUCUGUCAAUAAAGACUUCAGCUUCCAGAUAUUUUUAUCUAGACAUGUUUAACUGUACCAGUCAGCAGUUGCCAAUAUCCACCCAGUUCCAGGCCGAAGAGCUGGAACCCUGUCUUGGGCUAGCGGGCCAGACACCACAGCACUACUGUUCUGAGUGCUGCUGCUAGUCGUCAGCCUGGUCUCCUGGGAACCCCAAGGGGCGUCUCCUAUGAAUGUCUGGGAUGUGCUGUGCUCUGGCCUUGUUCCGUACCCUUUGCCUUUUUCUUCCUUCUUCACCGUGCAAAAUUCUGUUUGCACCAAAGAGCCUCUACUCAGUGGAAUUCACACAUGGGUACUAACUUUUCUGUUGUUAUUUAUUUUUGUGCCCCAAACUGAUUACUAUCUGGCUACCUCAGAGUCUCCAUAGCACGGGGAGAAAAUUUGUGGAGUAACGGUUUUAGGGACAGCCUUUGAGCCUUCUUAUGCUUCCCCACCCUUGGAAGGGAAAAUCCUGCCAGACUUUUUGCUUACGUCAAGCAGAAAGCAGGGGUGAUGCCCUUUUCCUUCUCACCCAGUCACUACCAUCCUUGAAUGGAUGGGAAGUAGGUGUCCUUAAUCUCCGUGAUGAAGGGAAACUGAAUUGUUCACCUGUCAGUGUCUGAUGGAAAAGUGGGCAAAGGCUACACCAUCAAGCACUAAUUAUUGAACUUGUUAGAGCCUUAACACUGACACUGCUCUCGAGGAUAUAAUUUUCAGACCAAGUCAUCAGAGUUACCUGUGGCCCAAGGAGGAUGAAAGACCCAAUUGUACCAUAGAAAUGUUACCAUUCAAAACAAGUUUGCCUUAGAAACAUCUGAUUUUCCAGUUGGUUCUAUAUGCUGUCUAGGUACUACUACUGAAAGAAAUUCUCACCCAAGCAUAUAACAAAAAGUCAUAAAAGUUGGAUACUACCUUAAUUAACUUUUCAAAUAAUUUGAAUCUUCAUUCUUACCAAUGUUAAGGAACCCUCCUGAAAUCAUGUGUUUGUACUACAAUAUGAAAAUCGAGACUCCAUGUUUACAAACCCAUCUUUGUUUAAAGCAGAAUUAUUUUUAAAAAUCUAAUGGUAACAAUAUAGAAAAAAAUUAAAGUAUUUAUCUUUAACCGUAAA